AUGCACACCCUCCACACCCUCCACCCCCUCCUCCCCUUCCUCCUCCUCACCACCCCCGCCACCAGCACCCCCGCCCUCCCCCUCGCCCUCACCGCCACCCUCCUCAUCACCACACACACCACCCAACUCUAUACCUGCCCAUCCCCGUGGACCUACUUCUGCUUCCGCUCCGGCACGCCCCCCGCCGCCACCUCCUCCUGCGAAUGCUACGCCAUGACACCCGCAACAGCCACCUGCCCGACAGGCACAAGAAAGUACUGUAGCGACUACAUUACUACCGAGUGUUCGUGCUCGUACCCGAAGCAGCCCGACUGCCCGCCCAUGUUCGACUUUGAGUGUGUGCCGGCCCCGCCGGAGAUGCGGAAGGAGGCCACGUGGGUGUGUACGUGUAGUGGGAGGGUGUAUGGGGAGAGGGCGUGUCCGAGGGGGUUUGCGAGUCGGUGUGGGCCGGGGGGCAGUGGCGGGGAGGGGAGGGGGUGUAGGUGUAGGAGGAGUAGGGGGUAUUUGAGUAUGUAUACGCCGAGGCCGGGAAAGGGGGGGAAGGCUAAGGAUAUGGUGGAUAUGGGGGAGACGGAGGUGGAGGAUGUGGAGGAUAUGGUGGAGCUGGUAGAGGUGGAGGGAGAUGAGAAUUGGGAGUACGAGCUCAAAUGA